CACCCACGAGCGGCAUCAUCCAGGAAGAAAAAGCUCGUGCAAAGCGUCUCGCGCUGAGUGACUGACCUGUGUGUGUUGUUUGAAGGGGCUUUUCCACCGGUUCAUGCUGCUGCUGCUCGGACGGAGACACGGUCAACAUGCUCAUUAAAGAAUACCGAGUUGUCCUGCCCAUUUCAGUGGAGGAGUACCAAGUGGGUCAGCUGUAUGCAGUGGCAGAGGCCAGUAAGAAUGAGACGGGUGGAGGAGAAGGUGUGGAGGUGAAAGAGAACAGGCCCUAUGAGGAGAACGGAGAGAAGGGACAGUACACCCACAAGAUCUACCACUUGCAGAGUAAAGUUCCCGGUUUUAUUCGUAUGGUAGCUCCCAAGGGUUCUCUCACGGUUCACGAGAAGGCCUGGAAUGCAUAUCCUUACUGUCGAACCAUCAUUACGAAUGAAUACAUGAAAGACAAGUUCGAAAUUAAGAUUGAGACGUGGCAUAAGCCUGACAUGGGCGAUCAGGAGAAUGUACAUGGACUGGAUAAUAGCACGUGGGAAAAUACUGAAAUAGUUAACAUUGACAUUGCUGACAGAAGUUGCAUAAGUACAAAGGACUACAACCCAGAACAUGACCCAGCCAUCUUUAAGUCCGAGAAGACGGGUAGAGGACCUCUGGGACCAGAGUGGAAGAAAGAACUCGCUAACAACCCAAACUGUCCACACAUGUGUGCCUAUAAGCUAGUCACUGUUGAAUUCAGGAAGCUGGGACUGCAGACUCAGGUGGAAGCCCUCAUUCACAGGGUGGAGAAACGUUUGUUCACCAACUUCCACAGACAGCUGUUCUGCUGGAUGGACAAAUGGAUCGAGCUGUCGAUGGACGACAUUCGACGCAUGGAGGACGAGACGCAGAAGGAGCUGGAUGAGAUGAGGAAGAAUGAAGAACGUAAAGGCCUGUCAGUGGAUGACCAGUGAUGGCAGCUGAUUGACUCACCCGAUCACUCUCUGAUACAGGAGGAUUUGACUUCAUUCAGCAGGCGUACACUCAUCUCCUUGGACACUGGACCUAAAAUGGCUUGAUAGGCAUAAUCAGGAACGUCACACUUCCAUUGUGAUAAAAAUCUGCUCUUAAUAAGAGCUCACUGAAGCAAGUGUGUGUAUUUAUGUAGGCUACUACGUUAGAAUACUAGUUAGGUAAUCAGUUUUGAAGGGUUCAUGCUUAUGUCUGUUCGGUCCUCUUCUCUGUUAAAACAUCAGGGAAAAGAGGUGGGUUGUCUCUGAGGAAACAUUUCUGCUGACUGUUGUCCUUUUUAAUGACCGUUAUUUGGGUUUUGUUCUUUUUCUUGAUUUUGGAUUCAUUGUUUAGUCAGCAGAUGUGUCUACAUCUGCAGAAGCUUCGGAGUUACUAGGAUGUUGAAAUGUUUUUUUUUGUUUGUUUGUUUUUUUAAUGAUUAUAUAAAUUAACUCAUCCACCCUGCUCUGCUUCGGAUUUACAGACACCAGCUGUGGUUUUGUCAUUAUAGCCUUGGGUCGAGGUUUUGAGUGUUGGUGAUGAUAAUAUGUAAAAAAAAAAAAAAGAAAGCUGAACUUGAGCAGAUUUAAAAAUGAAAUGACACAAGAAGUCCUCCAACAGUUUGGUCUAUAUGAAUGAAUAAAAUAACCUGGAUUCAAUGUUAUGACUUAUAUAAUUGUGUAGUAUAUUAAAACAGUUAUUUGUUCUUUG